CGCUUUUUCGUACUGUGUCGAUUGGUCGAGUUGGGAGUUGGGACAACGCCGCUCCGGUGUCAGUUUGGUCUUAGUGAGUGAUUUUGAUCUAUCGUUCAUCAGGGUAGUGCAAAAAUGGCCUUGUUCCGUCACUUGACACAGACAAAAUUAACAGACAGUCAGAAAUUACUGCCACAAGUCUCACUCAUUCUAAGACAGCUCAGUGACGCUUCGACUGACCUGAAAGCGAUUUUGGCGGCUAAAAUUCCAAAAGAACAAGAACGCGUCAAGGGUUUCAGGAAAAACUAUGGCAAUACCAAAGUGGGAGAGGUGACUGUCGAUAUGAUGUACGGAGGCAUGAGAGGGAUCAAAGGCCUCGUGUGCGAGACCUCCGUCUUGGACCCCGACGAGGGCAUCAGGUUCAGAGGCCUGUCCAUCCCCGAGUGCCAGAAGGUGUUGCCCAAGGCCCCCGGCGGCAGCGAGCCGCUCCCCGAAGGCCUCUUCUGGCUGCUCAUCACCGGCGACGUACCCACGGAGGCUCAGGUGAAGGCCAUCUCCAAGGAAUGGGCGGAACGCGCCGAACUUCCCGCCCACGUCGUCCAGCUGCUCAAUAAUCUGCCCACCACCGUGCACCCCAUGUCCCAGAUUUCCGCCGCCGUCACCGCUUUGAACACCGAGAGCAAGUUCGCCAAGGCCUAUUCUAGUGGCGUUCACAAAUCAAAGUACUGGGAGUACGUGUACGAAGACGCGAUGGAUCUGAUCGCCAAGCUGCCCGUCGUGGCGGCCACCAUCUACCGCAACACCUACAAGGACGGCUCCGGCAUAGGCGCGAUCGACACCUCCAAGGAUUGGAGCUACAAUUUCACCCAAAUGCUGGGCUACGACAAUCCCGAGUUCAUCGAGCUCAUGAGACUCUACCUCACCAUCCACAGCGACCACGAGGGCGGCAACGUGUCGGCCCACACCGUCCACCUGGUGGGCUCUGCCCUCAGCGACCCCUACCUCUCCCUAUCGGCGGGACUCAAUGGACUGGCUGGACCUCUCCACGGCCUCGCCAAUCAGGAGGUGCUGGUAUGGCUGCAAAAGAUACGCCAGCAGGUGGGCGACAAGGCCACAGAAGAGCAGCUAAAAGACUUCAUCUGGAAGACACUCAAAUCUGGUCAAGUAGUACCUGGUUACGGACACGCCGUCUUGAGAAAGACCGACCCCCGUUACACAUGCCAAAGAGAGUUUGCCCUCAAGCACCUGCCCGAAGACCCACUGUUCCAGCUGGUGUCUAACAUCUACAAGGUGGUGCCUCCUAUUCUUUUGGAACUUGGCAAGGUGAAGAACCCAUGGCCCAACGUAGACGCUCACUCUGGUGUUCUGCUUCAGUAUUACGGACUUAAAGAAAUGAACUACUACACCGUGCUGUUCGGCGUCUCGAGAGCCCUGGGCGUGCUGGCUUCGCUCGUGUGGGACCGCGCCCUCGGCCUCCCCAUCGAGAGACCCAAAUCCAUGUCGACUGACGGCCUGAUGAAGCUCGUCAAGGCCAAGUAGAGUGAUUCGAGUAGGCCCGGGACACCUGCCGCUCCUGCUGCGGACAGAACAGCAGUUUACUUAACACAUCGAAACAUCGAACUCGUAAGGAGCGACUUUUCCGCCGUCAUAUGGCAACUCGGCGGGCCGUCUCACUUAACUUUUCAUCGAGGGAGUGAUUGCGAGAGUGAAUUCGUCUUCGUCGUCGUCUAAGGUUACCAUUCGCGCAGAGUAGCAGACUCUUUUAGGCAUUGUAACAUGCCGGGGGGCCCGAAGGGUGGGGUUUUUGUUUCGGAUCGAACCGGUCCGCUUUUAGUGCAAUUUUAUUUCUACGAAUUAGUAAAAAAAAACAGCUUCUUUUAAAUACGAUACAGUUUUUUAAAUUAUCUUAAAAUCUGCCGUUGCGUUCUCCGGGCCGCCCGGUUUCCCCCUCCCCGUUCGCUGUGCUCUGUAGUAGCUUUACCUACUUUUAAAUUUGUUGAUUAUGUUGUUUUUAUUUAUUUUUAUUUAUGCGGAGGAGCUGCGAGAGGUGUACAUUUUAUUUGGAAGUAAUUCGCGUACCUUAACCGUUACGUCGUGCGUAACGAGCAACUAGCGUGUCCUGUGUAUUUAUUUGACUACAAGAUUUUUAGCCAUAGAUUUACCUUUAGGGAUUGUAGUGUACAGUGCAGAAUAGUUAAUAUUUUAAUUAGUCGUUAUUCGUAAGCUAUCUCGCGACAUCUUGUUAACUUGUCAAUAAGUAAGACAAUACAUUUGUAAACAAAAUUUAUAAUUAAAUUUACCUGUUCAGUUC